AAAAAUGAGUGAAACUAAAAAAAUGUCGAAACUUCAAAAUUUUUUAAAUUAACCCCCAAUUCUUGUAUGUCGGGUGAAAUUAUUUCGUUCUUUUUCUCUCUUAUUCACUAUAUUAACGAUUAAAAAAAAAUAUUAAAGCAGAUAAUUUCCAUAUGAAGACGAAACAAGAAUUUGAAAACUGCUGCAAACAUUUCGCAGUCAUUUUUGAAUCAUUUAAAGAACAGAAUUCAAAAUUAUCGAAAUAAUGGGAAUUCAGUUAUCGAAAAGGGAUGAAUCAGAAGAUGACAUAAUAUCGCAAAAGUCACUAGAAUCCGUCAAAGGAAUUAUAGCAUUUUUAAAAGAACAUGCCAGGGAAGAAGGACUGUUUCGAAGAUCGAGCAGACAUAGUUUGAGAAAAAGGAUUUUGAAUGCUUUAAAGAAAGGAGAGAAGGCUCAUUUUGAUAAUGGCUCAGCGUUAGAAUGUGCCGCAGCACUUCGUCUUUAUUUGUGUGAUUUAAAAAAACCUGUCAUUCCCCUAAGAGUUCAGGAAUUAAUGCUUGCUGACAAUCCUGGAGUGGAGGCUAGAGAAGUUGCCCGAGAUGCCUUAGGUUUGAUUCGACAGGAUUUAAUAGGACGUCAUGGGGAAUUAUUAGCCCACAUUUUAGGUCUUUUGAAUCACUUGGCAUUAUCUGCACCACCCUCGGAAUUACACGGAUCUCCUCUUCCAAUUACACUGCUUCCUGUUUUUUUUAAUCUCGGACCAGCGGAUCUAGUGAAAUGGAGGCAAGUUGCAGUUAGAUUUAAUGAAUUAAUUAACGAAGCUCCAGUACAAUUAGGAUUGCAUUUAAUGUCAGAAUCGUCAAAUGUAGAAACUAUCCAAAAUUCAAAUCCAGAAGAAAUUAACGAUUGGAGAAUGGAAAGUGUUCCCCUUCUGUAUCCGCUUAUGAAUUUAGUCAAUAAUAACAGAAAUAUUUAUGAAACUGGAGAAUCAACCCGAGUUUCGUUAGCGCCCCUUCGUCGACCACCGCCAAGUAGACUUCAUCUGGCAAUUUCAAAUCAAUAUGGCUAAAAGUAUUCAAAAAAAAAUUUUAUUAUUUAAUCGAAAAUAAACGUUUUUGUUAAUAAAAAGUGAUUUAAGUUCUGAUUUACGAUAAAGUUCCUUUGAAAUUUAUUUAUUAGAUAUUAUUAGAAAUAGGGCACGAAUUUUGUUGUUACGGUCCUGGACCUAGUCGAUACAGCGCAUGCGUCGCCCCACCUAUUAGGCUAUAU